ACCCAUUAUUAAUUUCGUGCAUCUCUUGCUGAAUGGCCCGGCUCUCUUCUUCCAUUUUCAAGAUUGUUGUUUGUCGUUUAGUUUCUUUCAGUGAACUUCUAUACUUGCAAGUUUAAGUCAAUCCUGAACCAUGUCUUUCAGCUCAAAGAAAACCAAAAGGCUAUCAAUGCCAGGAAGCUCAAGUCUUUACACCAUUAGUGAUUAUGACCCAGGAUCUCCAUCAUCUGGCUUUCUCAAUAAGAAGAUCCUCCAAGAGGCGACCGGGAAGAGAAGCAAAGAUAGGCAAUGGCAGACUGUCUGGUGUCAGCUAAAAGAGAAAAAGAUGGAUUUUUACAAGGUUGCUGGAAUAUCUUUAAAGCCUCACGGUGAGCCACCGCCAAAGGAUAUUUAUCCUCCACCAAACAGACAACAGACCAAGUUGUCAUCAGUUGACAUCGAGGGAGCUUCCCUGGAGAUAGACUACAGCUCCCAGAGAGACAAAGACCUUGAUAAAAGAAGAAAGCACUUGUUUCGUCUGACACUCACUAAUAAAAUGGAGUUUCUUUUUCAGGCUGCCUCUGAGCAUCAGAUGCAACAGUGGAUUGCUUUCAUCAAGAGACACACCUUGUCCUAUGAUGCUGAAGGAGAGGAGAAUGACUUCUUCAGAAUAAAAGCAUCACGUUGCUCAAUAAACAAGAAGAGUAAACACAACACGAAUUCAGUGCGAGUCCUUGGAAGAGAUGAGACUGAUAUUGAUGGUGGCCAUUAUGCUGUUUCAUUAUCAGAUCUUGAUCCAAGGCUAGUUCUACUGAAGGAGAGGCUCCAGAGGAAGAGAGAGCUCAUAAAACAUUUGGACAAAAUGAUGAAGAGCUUCUCUGGCGAAACAGCCAGCUUGUAUAAAGAGUUUGAGCCUGCUAAUCAGCGUGUAAGCCAGUCAGUGUCUUCUGAAGACCCUGGUAGUCAAAGGACCAGCAAGACUGACUCAACUAAUAGAACAAGUCGCUUGGCUGUUACAAAGCUACUCAGUGACUAUUACUUGGUUCCCGGUGUUGAGUGGUCCUUAUUGAAGAAAGGAGAGAGGGUCGAGGUUCUUCAGAAACUGCCCAAUGGUUGGUAUAAAUGCCGGGCACUAAGAACAGCAGAUUGCAAACUGAUAGAAAUACCUCCAACUGAUAUAUACAGAGAGGGACCAGCUUCCCCUGAAGGAGAUAGCAAAGAGAAAGAUGAAGAGAAUCAAGAGAAGGAAGAUGUUGAUCAAGGAGAAGGAGAGGAGGAGGGACACAAGAAUGAAGAGGAGACAGAAGAAGGAGAAGAUGAAGAAUCAAAGAGCCCAUCUCAUCGACUGCGGACUGACAGCUACAUGGUAGCCACAACUGACUUCAGUUUAUUGAAGUCACAGAAAACCAGUAGGAACAACAGCUACAAGGUAGCCACUAGGGGCUAUGCUGAUUCCAUCAAGGGGAGACCAAGCAGUCAGCAGUUCCACCGCCUCUCGGUAGGCACUCCGCUGUAUAAAGAUGAAGAUCCCGAGGAACCUCCUGAUAUUGAAAUGGUUCGGCUGAGAGUUCGUGUUCUUAUUAACUCGGAGAGGGAGAACUCCAACUACAGCUUCCCUCUUGUUGGCUCAAUCCCUCCCUCUGUCCUAUUACUUUAUGCUAACGAGGCCCUGGGAUACAACCCUGCUUCAAACAACACCAGCACUGUUGCCCCUGACAAUAACCAGACCUCUCCUCCCAAGGAUGGAUACAACGAGCCUGAGGAAUCCCCUGCUAGCGUCUCUCAAGUGGAAGAUGCUGUUCCAACGGAAGGAGGUGCUUCAUCUUAUCUUGAUAUGACUUCGUCCCACUCUUACACUAGCUCACUCUCUCCUAGUAACUCAUCGAGUCAAGUUGAUCCUUCCUCUGCAGACCCAACUAACACUAGUGCUGAUGAGAAACAGACCACCACUACUCCUGGUAUUGAUAUUCCAGCCCGGAGAGAAGAAGAAGAUGACAUGCUGCCACCAUCCUCAUUGGAAAUUGGUUCCGUACCUUCUCAACUAUUGAGGAAUCAUCACGGGCGGGGUCUCAAUGAGAAUGAACCGAUUGAGAGCUCAUUAGAUAAAUCCCGUCAGAGUAGGGCCACUUCACUCCCAGUUGGUAUCGACGAUGAAGCUAUCCAAGAACACUUGGAGAGAAUGGAAGAGGUUCAUUCUCCUGAUCUUAGUGUUCUCGAGGAAGAGGAUGACAGUGCUUUUGAGAUUAAUAAUCCUCCAAAGAGAAGACCGAGCAAAACUUUAAAAGUUGUUCCAUCUCCAACUUCAACUCUCGAGAGAAAGUUAGGAGGAGGAGGAGGAGGAGGAAGAGGAGGGGGAGAGCAUGUAACGUUUAAAGAGUUGCCAAAGUCUCCGUCUAAAAAUAAGUCAAGAAGCAGAUCUGAAGACAUCCAAAAGAAAGGAAUAUUAGGACGUAUUCGUAGUAAUCUUCUUGGACAUAAGAAGAAAGUCGGGAAGCCACCAUCAGGCAGUGACGGGUUUGAUGAUGACAUUGGAGACAUGAGAUCAAGGGUUACUAGCAUAUCUGGUAAAGCCAUUAGAUCAAGAGGAAUGGAAGUUACUUUUGGUGACUCAUCAUCAGAUUCUGAAUCGGAAGAAACUGAGAGAAAACAAAGCAAAGACGAAUCUGGAGCAACAAGUGAAGAAGCUAGUCCUCUGCCAUCAAAGAAACUUGAAAAUGAAACCCAGAAGCCAGAUACUCAUCCAAUGCGUGAAUCAUUAGGGAAGUCUUAUUCAUCACCAAUACCAUCUCAUCUAAAGUCAAAGAGCCACAGUGCUUUUGGAGAAGGAGGCGAGAUAGUUUCACGAAAGAGACUCGAGUCACGCUCAUUCAGUUCAAGGAACCUUUACGAUGGAUCAAAAAUAUUGGGAUACAUUCAAGCACCUCCAAAGAGAGUGAAGAGACACAUUUACUUGGACCCAACUGAGAGCAAAUAUGGACUUCAUCUUGCUUGUUAUGAUGUUCAUAAAGACCAAGGUAACAUUCCUCGUGCCAUUGUACAGCACGUGGCCCCAGGAUCCCCUGCCUUUGUCGCUGGGCUCUAUCCAGGGGACCAAAUACUCAAAAUCAACGAUAUUGAUGUGAGUCAGGCUCGGGUCUCUGAGAUAGUUGACCUGAUACAAAACACUGAAAAGGACAAGAGACUGGAUCUACUUGUGGCAUAUGUUGAUGGCGUCCAUAGACUAGAGGUUCAAGCUAAAGGCGUGGAAUGUCGAGAAAAUUUGCGUGACCGUCAAAAGCAGUUAUCUGAAUUAGUGUCUACCUAUGGUGAAGUAUCAUCAGUGGUCACUCCUCCCUUUUCUCCAGUGCCUCUACUCUCUCCGUCAUCUCUUGAUGUCAGUGCCUGGUCACACGAGUCUCUCUCUGAUGAAGAGUCAUCUCUUCACAUAUACCCGUAUGAAAGAAGGCUGAACAAGAUCCUAGCAAUCACCAGUGAUGAUGUAACACAGCUUCAUUGCGACAUGUUGUUCAUACCUCUGAGGAGCACUCCUGAUGUACAAACUGUUCUCAGAGCUGGUGGUGAGAAACUAAUGGAUGAACUGAGCAGUGCUGACCAUCCCCCGCUUGGUGAGAACAUCGUAACCAGUGGACACAACCUCAGAGCUCAAGUUGUCUGUCAUGCUGUGUUUGGUGAUUCAGAAGACGAUAUUAUCAGUUGCUGUAGAAGUGCUUUAGAAACAGCUUAUGAACAAGAAUACAAAUCAAUUGUAAUUUGGGUCGAAGGCUUUAUAUUAGCAGCACACGUACCUCCUAGUCAUAUAAUAAGCUCGGUUCGUGGCUGGCUAGAGGAAGGGGACAAUAAGAGUUUCUUUGAUCAACUGGUUUUCAGUGUAUUGUCCACUCCAGCCAUUAUCAAUCUCAUUGAGAGAUACUUCCCAUUGGACGACUAUGAGAGGGAUGAGAAGCUUGAAGCACUCAACUAUUGUACUGAUUCAGAAGAUGAUGAAGAUGAUGGAAAUACAGGAAUCGAUACUAAAAGAUUUAAUACUCGUCCGAGACUACCCAGUGGCCCCCCGCCAUUGCUUCCUCCAAAACCAUCAUCUUUUGUACCCCCUGCAUCACUUAUCUCUGAAAAACCAUCCAAUCCUGGAGGCACAGAUAAUUCAGGAACUCCUUCUUUGAGUGCUGGAAAGCCAUUGCAUUCUUUAAACACUCCUCAGUCUACUUCUAAAGGAGCUGUAUCAGAAUCUCCUCUUUCGUCUAGACAAAAAUCUCCUCUCUCUUUUGCGACUACUGCUACUCCUCCUAGAGUAGCUUCUAAGCCACCACCUUUAUUAUCAAAGAAGCCUUCAUCACAUUCUGAUACCACUAGCCCAACGUCACCUCCAUCUAAAAGACCUCCCCUCAUUGCUCCUAAGCCUGGAGUCAAAUCCCCUCCAAUGUCACCAUCAAAGCCUCCUGUUGCUCCUAAGCCAGGAGUCAAAUCCCCUCCAAUGUCACCAUCAAAGCCACCAGUUGCUCCUAGGCCUGGAGCCAAAUCCCCUCCGAUGUCACCAACAAAGCCUCCUGUUGCUCCUAAGCCUGGAAUGAAAUCUCCUCCAAUGUCACCAACAAAGCCACCAGCUGCUCCUAAGCCUGGAGUUAAAUCCCCUCCUCCUUUUCCAGCAGCUAAAUGUGAGUCUAUAGCUCCUCUCAAGUCUCCACCACCAGAGCUUGUUAUAGCUCCUAAGUCAAAGAGAAGCACAUCCUCUGGUUCUGUGACAAGCCCUUCAGUGACAUCUCCUAAUUCUGACGUUCCAACAACUAAAACUCCUAUGGUAGAGACGGCUUCUAAGUCUUUGCUAUCUCCUAAGAAUUCUCUCUCUCCUGAUUCUCUCUCUACUACUUCUUCUGUAGCAAAGAAACACUCAAAGCCUGUUUCAAAAGAUUCAUUGCUUAUGAAUCUAUCAGAACUUGAUUCGAUUAUGAGUGACAUAGAUCUAACAGUUGCAUCUAUAAGUAACAGCCAGUGAAAAAUUAUUUUAUUAUUGAUGUGUGUGAAUUAAAAUGCACUUUUUAAUUACAGUUUCCCUAUUGUAUGUAUGCAUGUUUAUGUAUGUAUGUAUAUAUAUAUAUAUACUUUAUUUUAAAGAAUGUUUUUUAAGUGGAUUAGAAUUUUA